AUGUCCUUUUUGUUUGCUAAGGAGGAGGAUUUUAACGCUCUGUUAAGGUCCUAUUUUGCGAAGAUCGUCCUGCACAAGGAGAAGCUUGUAGCAGCCCUUAACCGAAAAACAGAAAUUGAAGCGGUAGUUUCCGCAAUUAUUCUUGACCUGGAUGAAUUAAACAUGAAAAACAUCCAUACCCGAUUUGUUUCAAAGAUGAUCCAAGAAUUCAGAGAAAAGACAAUAGAAACAGGAGAAUCAGAACUGAGAUCAAAUUUAGCAGCCAUUCAGUCUCAAAAAAUUCAGUUGGACAAUGACGCCACAAGUUUGCUUAAUCGAUGGUUUUUGGAUCACCUCUGCCAUCCUUUCCCGACAUCUUCAGAGAAAGAGUAUUUGAGUUAUGCAACAGUGUUUUCCAGUGUUGUUUGUGCUCAAACUGUAAGAACGGGAUUUGUCGUUCUUGAGAAUAAUAUUGGGCAUGUGUAUGCUGAUUACCAUAACCCUUCAGCUGCGCCGAUGGUGAUUGAUGUUUCAGUACUGAUGUUAUCAACCAGAAAAUUUUUCGCCAGACACGAACUUGUUGACUCUUUCCAAACUAAAAGACUCAACUUUUAUUUUUCAUUGUCAAGCCACAACCUUUCCGACUUCGAAGUUGAGUUUAUUGCAAACGGAGAAUCAACAUUAGUUCAACAAAAUGAUUUUGAAAAUAUUCCUUGCACUUAUGAUUUCAAAACGGACAACUGCGAGAACGUCGUUUGCGAAGACGAUACCCAUCAGUCCAAAGGAAUUUGUAUUCCUAAUUGCUUAAGAAUGGACGGCCAAAGAUUAUUGUUCAACAAAUAUACUCGAAAGUGUGAAGCUCAAGCAUCAUGCAAUGCAGCAGAGCUAUAUGAUGAAGAAUCCAACAGAUGUAUUGCUAACUUGAGCUUCGAAGAUGAAUCUUUGUCAACUUCGUUCCAAAUGGAAUGCAUUCAUGGAAAAUCAACAAACGGUAUCUGCCUGUGCGCAGAAGGAUGGAUCUCUCAAUUCGAAGAACAGCCACUCUUCUCUUCAUCAUCUAUACAAUUGUGUUCAAUGAAAGAUAGCCAACACUCGUUUAACACCAGAGAAGAAUCAGAAGAACAAGACUAUUCAGAAUUAGUGCUUUCUGUUUGUGUAAUUUGUGUUGUUGCUUCUAUGGUGUGCCCUUUGCUGGUUAUCUUGGUUGGCGCUUUGUGCAGUAGUGUAAAGAUGUCUCUCUACCAAAAUAACAAUGCAACCAAACAAAAGAUGGCACAUAAAAAAACCAAAGCUUACUAA